AAUCCAACCACAUCUGACUAGGCAUCAAACUAUAUUCAUUGCCUUGGCCAAGGCAAAAAAUAUCUUGAAAAAUUCAAGAGAGUAUUUUUGUUUACGUCUCUCAACCUUCUUUUUACCCACACCUCUCGUCAACCCAGCAACAAAAAACCCUUCAUAAACAAACAUGUCCCGACAUCACCCUGAUCUGGUCAUGUGCCGGAAGCAGCCUGGCAUAGCCAUCGGCCGCCUCUGCGACAAGUGUGACGGCAAGUGUCCGGUCUGUGAUUCGUACGUCCGCCCGACAACGCUGGUCCGCAUAUGUGACGAGUGCAGUUUCGGAAACUAUCAGAACAAGUGUGUCGUCUGCGGAGGAGAGGGAAUCUCGGAUGCUUUUUACUGCUUCGAGUGUACCCGCCUGGAAAAGGACAGAGACGGUUGUCCCAAGAUUAUAAACUUGGGCAGCUCAAGAACAGAUCUUUUCUAUCAAAAGAAGACAAACAGGACCGGGACGUACUAACCCCAAGUCCCGGUCCUGUCCUAUUGGGGAAAUGUCUACUAUCGAACGCACAGUGGCUCGCUACGGCAGCAAAGGAGGCUGCAUCGUGGAGGAAGGAUUAUAGCCACUUGUGUCGAUUCGAUGUAUGGGCUACAUGCACAGUAAAAGAUUAGUCAUUCCACUAUGAUGAGCUAAACUAUCUAGAUACCCAGCUUUGAAAAUCAUAACGACGCAUACAUGCGC